UGCCUUCUGAUAGGCUUACUUACACCUUGUGGCAAAGAAGAAGUAGAUUGCUAGCUAGAGGGUAUAUGCUAGAAGGGAUACAGUUUGUCGAAUUAACGUCAAAAGUUGGUUAUUCUUUUCAUUUGAUCUAAUCAUCCCAACCUGCGGCGUAAAUUCUAACCUACGAAAAGUCAAAUCUGACAAAAACUGGAUCCCAUCUAGUUCUAACCCUUAUAAUACCUACAUUGGUGAAAUUGAAAGAGAAAUUUAACGACUUCGACACUAGCUAAGUAAAUUGAUACAUUUGGGAAAAUGCACCAUAGCUAGCUAGUUGCCGUGUGKAAUUUUCAGACAAAUGUGCCGGCUCUGUAGAUGCUAAAGUUAGGGUCAGGGAGACACUGCAUAGCUAGCUGUGACUGUAGUGAUAUAACUAGCUAAUGCAGCUUUAAAUAAUCAAUGCACUUUCAUUUGCUCGCAGUAGCAUUGCUUUCCCUCGCAGAUUAACAAAACAGAUUGCCCAUCCGUCCCACCUGGUUGACUACAGCUCACCUGCCAAAGUAAUGUCAACCGCAUCUGUGGAGCCAGUGCGCUCUAUUGACAAAUCGAAGCCUGCAGAAGGCAUCUGGAGCCUACAUCAUGUGAAGGGGGACCUGUUCUCCGGUCCUGAAGAUGAGGCCCUGGCCCACUGUAUCAGCAAAGACUGCCACAUGGGGGCUGGCAUCGCAGUUAUGUUCAAGAAAAAGUUUGGUGGAGUGGCUGAGCUAAAGGAACAGAAGAAGGUGCCAGGACAAUGCGCUGUACUGAAAGGACACAAGCGUUUUGUGUACUACCUGAUAACAAAGGAAAAGUACAGCAACAAGCCCACCUAUGACAGCCUGAGGCAGAGCCUUGAGGACAUGAAGUCUCAUUGCUUGAAAAACGGAGUAACUGCAAUAUCAAUGCCUCGCAUUGGCUGUGGCCUUGAUCGACUGAYCUGGGACAAAGUGGAAAAGAUGCUUGAGAAGGUAUUCCAGCCCACAAGUAUCAGUAUCACCCUGUAAAACCUACAGGGAAACCAAGUCCACGGGGCAACCAAGUUUCCAAUUAUGUUUUCUGUAAAACAAAAUUACGUUAAACUCACAGACAAUAUAUCAGCAUACUGGUAUGCAUCUGUACAAAGUUUGCGCAAGGCAGUACUUUUGAAAGAGAAUAAACACACUUUUCCUUGAAAUCAUACCCCCUCAUCUCUACUUUACCCCUGUUUAAUUGUUCUCUGAAAUUACAUGUUCAUAUUUUGCACUUUAAUUACUGUCCUAUAUAGUAGCAAUAUCAUAUUCAUUGGAAUUCUCUCCACCAGAAGGGGGCACCAAUGAUUGUUUUCUCUUCUGUACUGCUUUUUGUCAUAUGCUGAUUUUAAAUACCCUGUAAUGUUGAUUUUUUUUUGUAACCCUGUAAGUACCUUACACGAGCAUGAAUAAUAAAAUGUAAAUUGUGAUUUUAAUUUCACAAGAUAAUAAAAUCUGUUUUACACCUUUCA